AUGGCGGCUCGUCUGCGACACCCACACCUGGUCCAGUUCAUAGGAGCCACGCUGGAGGGGGAGAUGAUCAUCCUGACAGAGCUCAUGGCCACCAGUCUGAGGAGGGUGCUGGAGGGAGGUCGUAUCUCACGUGAACACAUCCUCUCCAUCUCUGUGCAGUGCAAACAUCCUCCUCUACCCGAUGGCCGCUGGAGUGCAAAGGUUACCGACUACGGCUCCGUGAACACCCUGCGAGCAUUGGCGACAGAGAAUCCUGGUAAUCCAGUGUAUGCUGCCCCUGAGGCAAGAACCCCUUCCCUCCAGUCAACCAAGAUGGACAUGUUCAGUUUGGGGGUGCUCCUGAUCGAGAUGUGUUCUGGCCAGUUUCCGAGUGAUGACGGACGUGAGUGCUUACUCCUCACCAUCCAAGACCGUCAGUUCUCUGGCAUCAUCAGUCGCUGUAUCCAUAGAGACAGAGACAAUCGACCAACCGCUCGACAAUUGUUGAAUGAGCUGCUACAUUUAUAG